GUGACAACGACGACAAUCGACGACCUGCCACGCCGACAAGAUGGGUGCCCUCAAGUACGUGGAAGAGAUCCAGAAGAAGAAGCAGUCCGACGUGAUCCGCUUCCUGCUGCGUGUCCGUUGCUGGGAGCUCCGUCAACUGAACGCCAUCCACCGUGCUUCCCGUCCUUCUCGCCCCGACAAGGCUCGUCGUCUCGGCUACAAGGCCAAGCAGGGCUAUGUUGUCUACCGUAUCCGCGUGAGACGCGGUGGCCGCAAGCGCCCCGUCCCCAAGGGCGCCACCUACGGCAAGCCCACCAACCAGGGUGUUAACCAGCUCAAGUACCAGCGCGCUCUCCGUGCUACCGCUGAGGAGCGUGUUGGCCGCCGCUGCGCUAACUUGCGCGUCCUGAACUCCUACUGGAUCAACCAGGACUCCACCUACAAGUACUUCGAGGUCAUCCUCGUCGACCCCCAGCACAAGGCCAUCCGCCGCGAUGCCCGCAUCAACUGGAUCUGCAACCCCGUCCACAAGCACCGCGAGUCCCGUGGUCUCACCGCCACCGGCAAGAAGUCCCGUGGUAUCAACAAGGGCCACCGCUACAACAACACCAAGGCUGGCCGCCGCCACACCUGGAAGCUCCAGAACACCCAGAGCUACUGGCGUUACCGUUAAAUGUAGCCCAGGGGCUGCGGAGCGGUGUUGUGGAGGGGAGUGUUGGAAAUGGAAAACGCAUGCUGGAAUGCUUGUGGAUGUGUUUACUCCGAUACAAAAACUCGUUUCUGUGUGCAGGUCAUUCUUCGACUGUCGUGGUGCGAGCAUAAUGCAACAGAUUUUCAAUGAUCGGAUGUUAGCAAAAAUUUUUCUUCCUUUUCUCGGUUUCAUCGGUUUUUUUUAUUCCCCCUAACGAAGUAUGCUUUUUCUUCUUGCUCUCUUGUUUUUCUUUGGUUUAUCUGG